AUGGCCGCCCAGAGCAGCUCCGAAGAGGAAGAAGAUGAGGAGGAGAAAGCAAAAUCAUCGAGGACAGAAGACGACAUCACCAUCAAGUACGAGUCGAAGAGGACAGCCGAGCCGGAAGGCCCUCGAGACGGCGGCGCCACGCUGACGCUGCAGACGGAGACGGAGAAGGACCGCGACGCGCAGAGCAUCUUUAUCCGCUCGCAGGAAAUUCAAAAGGAUCUGGAGGGCCAACAGCCGGACAAUGUGUACCGCGGGAUGAACAACUACGCCCAGCUCAUUAAGAAGAAGGACACAGCGCAGGGGAACGCCGCCUCGGGGUUCAUUCGCAAGGGGCCGAUUCGGGCGCCAGACAACAUUCGCUCUACCGUCCGCUGGGACUACCAGCCGGACAUCUGCAAGGACUACAAGGAGACGGGCUUCUGCGGCUUCGGCGACAGCUGCAAGUUCCUCCACGACCGCUCCGACUACAAGGCCGGCUGGCAGCUGGAGAUGAUGGAGCAGAAGCCGGGCAGAGGCGGCCAGAAGAAGAAACGUCGCGGCCGAGGCAGAGGUGACAAUGAAGAUGAGGAUGAGGACGACGACGACGAGGACAAUGAGGCGGAGGACAAGUACGAAAUCGACGACGAGGACGACGAGGACCUGCCCUUUCGGUGUCUGUUCUGUCGGGAGAGCUUCCGCAGCCCGGUGGUGACCAAGUGCCGGCACUACUUCUGCGAGCGCUGCGCCCUGGAGCACUACAAAAAGUCGACGCGGUGCUUCGUCUGCGGCGUCCAAACCAAUGGCGUCUUCAACAUUGCCAAGGAGCUGGUCAAGCGGCUGAAGGAGGCCGAGGAGAGGAGUGGAAAGAAGGGCGGAGAUGAACUGGACGAUGACGACGACGAUGAUGAUGAUGACCACCACCAGCAACCGAUUGAGGAGAUUGACCUCUCCUCUGAUCAAGAACAGUAA